AUGGAUGAUGUCAAACAGGUCAUUCGAUGUCAAAAAGGUCAUUCAUUCAGUCUGCAAUUCUUCGCCGCCUUCGAGUGCAACUUCCAUGAAGCUGGCUACUUCCACACACGCAGCUCCAGGCGGAUGAUCGUGCUGCCUAGUGCGAAGGCGGGCGCUCGACCUGGUGAGAUUGGUGGGGAGAACAACCAGAGGUGGAGAGGAAGUAGCCUGGAAUUGAAGGAUCUCCUGGAGUGGACCCUUUCAGUGAAAACGUCAGCAUUGCGUCUUCCACAAGCCCGGGCAACCCAAGCCAGUGGUGAGCGAAAGGAGCUGCAAACGUCUUUCCUCUUUUGCUUCGCAUAUCCAACUGCGCGGCUGGCUGGAGUGCUGACGGUGGCGUAUGUCCUGCGAAGGUACAACGUUCCUGCUUGUGGUCAUGAUGGAGUACGGAACAAGAUGGAUGAGGGGCAAGAGGCGGAAAUGCUGGUCAUCCUCAUCCAUCUGCAGGGGCACUGGCAGCGGGCGCUGCGGGGGUCCCUGAUCCGAACUGCUCGCAACUCACGCGGGCAACGCAAGAGGUUUGGGCACUUGAAGCAAAACAACUUGUUCUUCUCCGCGCAUCUCGAAUUGCCUGCAUUGGUCCGGGCGGGGCGGUCGAAGCCGCCGGCGGGCCAUCAACGAGAUGCUGACACGCAAGCAGUGCUGGCCAGCACCGGUCACGGGAAGGUUGGCACUUCGAGCUUGGUCGAGUCCGACGAUCGUGGUCAUCGCGUGCGCUUAGCCUUGGUCUCCCAGCUGGUCGAGGUCAUUGCUGAGCUGCGACGCUUGGAGUAUCAAGUGGUCUUCAUCUCUUCAGGAGCCGUUGGGAUGGGAUGCAUCAAGCUGGGCAUUGCCAAGCCCACGGACCUCCGGAAGAAGCAGGCGGUGGCCGCGGCCGGGCAGAGCCAACUGAUCCGGAUGUACGAGGACCUCUUUGGGACACUGGGCGUGAAGGUGGCACAACUGUUGCUGAGCCAGUCAGACCUUUUAGACAAGGAGCACUGGAGCAACGUGAAAGUCACCAUCAUGGAGUGCCUUGCCCUGGGCGUGGUACCCAUCAUCAACGAGAACGACUCCACCAACACGGCCGAGCUUCGUUUCGGCGACAACGACAACUUGGCUGCACUGACUGCUGUCCAAUUGGAAGCUGAUGCCCUUUGUCUGUUUACGGAUGUCUCCUGCGUUUACACCGCCAACCCUCGGACGAACCCUGACGCGAAGCCGCUCUAUGUGGUGCCAGAACCAUGGGCUCUGAAGGUGGAGACCAAAGAUCCGGGCAGUAGCUUGGGCACCGGUGGCAUGUCGACCAAGAUCCUAGCAGCUCGAACGGCCUCGGUCUCAGGUAUCCCCUGCUUGCUCAUCAACAGCAGCUUCCCACGACGGAUUUUGUCGCUGCUGGAGCACAAACCGGUGGAGGAUGCGGAGGCCAGAUUGCCGGAAGAAGCCAGCUACUUCAUGGCCAUGGACACGACUCAGACUGUGCACGACACACGACGAUGGAUCUUGUCCCUGCCGGUCAGUGGACAGAUCGAGCUGGACCACGGAGCUGCAAAGGCCCUGGGCGCAAAGAAGAGCUUGCUGGCGACAGGCAUCACUGAUGUGCAGGGUGUGUUCCUGCGGAAUGAAGCCUUGCGGAUCUGCCACAAGGGGAACGAGAUCGCCCGGGGCAUCAUCAAUUUCUCCUCCGACGAGCUGUCGAAGAUCAUGGGACAUAGCAGCCAACACUUCGAAGAGAUCUUGGGCUUUUCCUGUUGCACGGAGGCAUGCUUUCGCAGCAACAUCAUCCUGACCACUUCUGCUGAGUCGCUGUUGGGCAUCGAAGUGCCACCCAGCCAGCGACGUUUAUCCAGAGAUGCAUCGAGAUCCUUUGAGCACUAG